GGGGCUGUUAAACACAGUUUCGCCUCUGCUUCACUUUGUUGGGUCUUCCACGCGGAGAGUAAGUCGCAAUUAAAAGCGCACCUGAAGUGAGCAGUGGAUCCUGAAGCUCGCUGAAAGCGCACAUUAUUUAGCCUUUCUUCCCUUUGUACCAGCAUGAAACUGCAGCACGGUGUUUGAUCUUCAGCUGUGAGAAAAUUCAGCAGAGUUUAUACAUAUUGCUUAAAUCCCGUGGUGAGUAGCCCGGUGUCACACAUGGCUCUCCGGGAGGUCUGGCUCCUGUUCGCGCUGUCCGGUGUCCUGAAUGCGCGCUCCUGCUGCGCUUAUACCUGUCCGGCCAUCUGCCGGUGCACCGCCGACUCGUUUCAGUGCAGCAAAGAGACUCAGCUGGCCUCCCGCACAGGACCGACAUCCGUGCUUCGACUAAGGCUCACUCAUCUGCCCUUGAAAAGAGUUCCCUCUCACGCCUUCAAGGAGUUGAUCAACAUUACAAUAAUUGAGAUCUCCCAGAGCGACUGCAUCACACAUAUACAGACACAUGCCUUCCUCUCCCUCUACAGCCUGGCACAAAUCUCAGUGCAGAAUAUCAACAGCCUGAGGUUUAUUGAAAAAGGCGCCUUCGCUGACCUGCCCAAGCUGGAAUAUUUAUUUCCUCUUAUCUGCUCACGAUCAUCUGUCUCUGCUGCUUGUCAUCACAGGAGCAUCUCUAACACGGGCAUUGCACACUUCCCAGACUUCACAACUAUCUCUUCCCUGUCGCCAAAUAUUAUCCUAGAAAUGGCAGACAACAUGGAGAUUGACAUCAUUCCUGCCAAUUCCUUCCAGGGUAUCACAGAGGAGUAUGUUGACAUGAACCUAGUUAGAAAUGGCUUCAAGGAAAUCAAAUCGCACGCAUUCAAUGGGACUAAGCUCAACACGCUAGUUUUGAGAGACAACUGGUAUCUCCGUAACAUUCAAGAAGAUGCCUUUGAAGGAGCCACAGGUCCAACUCUUCUGGAUGUUUCCUCCACGGCUCUGAGGUCUCUCCCCCCUAAUGGAUUGAGGCACGUUAAAUUUCUGAAAGCCAGCCAUGCCUAUGCUCUAAAGAGCCUCCCUCUGCUGGAAAGUCUGGCUGAACUGCUGGAAGCUGAGCUCACGUACCCGAGCCACUGCUGCGCCUUCCACACAUGGCGGCGGAAACAAAGGGAAAGUGCCUUAAAGAACUUGACAAAGUUUUGUGAUCUGAUGAAUACAGAAAUAGAUCCAACUGCUGAUGACACGAGUCUUAUCAAUGACAUCAACUUUCAGUAUCCAGACCUGGAAUUUGACUGUUUUAGCAACCCUUUUGUCAAAUGCUCCCCAAAGCCAGAUGCUUUUAAUCCUUGCGAGGACCUACUGGGCUUUUCCUUCCUGCGCUGUCUCACCUGGAUCAUUAUGGUUUUCGCUGUCGCCGGUAACCUGGCUGUUUUGGUCAUCCUGCUAAUUGGCCACCAUAAGCUCACAGUCUCCAGAUUCCUCAUGUGUAAUCUGGCCUUCGCCGACCUGUGCAUGGGGCUUUAUCUCAUUCUAAUUGCCUUCAUGGACUACCAUUCCCAUCAUGAGUAUUACAAUCAUGCCACAGACUGGCAGACCGGUCCUGGAUGUGGCAUAGCAGGGUUUCUGACUGUGUUUUCCAGCGAGCUAUCCGUAUACACGCUGACUGUGAUUAGCCUUGAACGCUGGCAUACCAUUACCAAUGCCAUGCAUGUCAACAAGAGGCUGCGCAUGCAUCAUGUCACAGCCAUGAUGGUAGGAGGUUGGGCUUUCUCUCUGCUGGUUGCCCUGCUCCCUCUUGUGGGGGUCAGUAGUUACAGCAAAGUGAGCAUCUGUCUGCCCAUGGAUAUCGACACACUCGGCGCUCAGGUUUAUGUGGUGGCUGUGCUCAUUCUCAAUGUUGUUGCUUUCCUGGUGGUUUGUUACUGUUACAUAUGCAUAUAUCUCAGUGUUCACAACCCAGAGCACUCCACCCGGCGUGGAGACACCAAGAUUGCCAAGCGGAUGGCUGUGCUCAUUUUCACGGACUUUCUCUGCAUGGCACCGAUCUCUUUCUUCGCUAUCUCUGCAGCCCUGCGUAUGCCCCUCAUAACCGUGUCUCACUCGAAAAUCCUGCUCAUUCUCUUCUAUCCUAUCAACUCCCUCUGCAAUCCUUUCUUGUACACCAUCUUCACACGAGCAUUCAGGAAAGACGUGUGUCUGCUGCUGAGUCGCUGUGGCUGCUGCAAUUCCCACGCUGACUUCUACAGGUCACAGACUCUGGGUUCACACCUGACCUGUACCCAGAAAAUGUCCAAAAGAGAACCUCACUCGCUCGGCUUUUAUGCCUAUCACAUCAAGAUGAAGGGCUGCUUUCUAAAUAAGGGAACCACAUGAGCAACCACAUACACAACUGCGUAAUGCACUGAAAGGCAACACCUGCCACCUUACUAAAAAUGUAGCAUUUCUUCAUAAUGUAGAUCUCAUGAAAAGAUUGUCAGUUGUGUGCAUGGCAAGCAUCAGAUCAAAUUUGAUCGUGUUUAGUUUGCAAACUGAAAACUGCAUCAGACAAAUGUAACAGGUGCUGCAGCCUUUAUUUCUGCAAAUGUAUUAUAGUAUAUUAAAGAAGACAGAUGGAGCAGGGAUGGCAAAAUAAGCUAAUUUAUUUGCAAAGCUACUCUGUAUUUAAUAAUAUUAAAAAUUAAAAUUAUUUAUUGUUUGCUUUCUAUAAGAAUGAGGUUUCAAGUUCUUAGAAAGUAAUUAAAUGAAGACUGAUUUUGCCAGAGAUGAGUUUUGGUGCCACCUUUUGGUUUGUUGUACUCAGGACAGAUUUGGAUUGGAAAGUUAAAAGACUGCACACAUCCAGGAGCAACUCAGUUGAACCUAGAGCCAAGAUCAAAUAAAUGGUACUGAUAUUUAAUAUGUAAAAUAAUUUUACAAUCAUUUAAAGGCAAAGUAUGUGGAAAAUGUGUGCGUUUUUAAAUCUUUUUCAUUUUUUCUUGAUUUAGCAACAACUGUUACGCCUACUAGUCAAGAAUAUUAAAUGUCAGAUCACCCUUUCUGUUCAUGUUUUAAGAAAACUUGAAUAUGUUUCUUAAACUGGCUUUUAUGACUGAAAAAAAAUCAAUACUACACAAAUGUGUUUUUGUUAUAAUCAUUGCAAACUUUCCUGUAUAUUUUUCCACUUUGUAUUUCUUUCUGAUAUUUUACAUGAUUUAAAAAAAGAAAGAAAAUAAAAAUACUGGACUUGUCUUUUUUAACCACUACUGUGAAUGUUAAACACUUCAUGUUAGAUUGUAAGAGUAUGAGGGCUGUGUAAUAUAUGCUUUUGUAGCAAUCUUUACUUAGAGUCUG